AUGGAAUCAUUUCUUAAAGGUCGAAUCCUACAGGAUACGGAUUAAUUUGAAUAGGCAAUAAAAUACUAUGACACAGUUUUCAGUAUUAAUCCUCAAUUUUAAAAUUCUUUAUACAACAAAGGGGUGUUUAAAUCAAUUUUUUCAAGGCUAUUGAAUAUAUCGACAAGGUUAUGGCCAUCAGUCGUUAAAAUUUUGAUGUCUAACAUCUCAAAAGUACAUUAAAACAUUUUUUUAAAGGUCAAUGCUUAUCAAAUAUAAGUAAUUGAUCUGAAUAAUAAGAAAAUUAAAUGCUGUGAUAUUGCACAGCCCUUAACAUGCUCUUGUCAUAUACACCAAAGGUAUGUUUAAAUCAAUCUUUUAAAGGUGUAUUACUAGGUGAAUAGGGUCAAUAUGAAGAGGCGAUUUAAUGCUUUGAAAACACUUUGA